UGUGAAUGUGAAUCAACCAGUCAACCAGCCUUUCAAAUUCAAAAUGGCGUUGUCAACAAUGAACGUCAAAGUUUCACUAUUUUAGUUGUUGUUUAAAUAAUUAUUGUAGUUUGUUUCUCCUGUUUUUUUUUUAAGUUAAAACGUUCAUAUUUUAUUUAAAAUGAAUGGUCUUAGCUUUAGUGAAUUGUGCUGCUUGUUUUGUUGUCCACCGUGUCCUAGUAGAAUCGCUGCUAAAUUAGCAUUUUUACCUCCGGAACCAACAUACGAUUUCCAUGCAGAUGGUACUGGCAGAUAUACGCUAAGUCUAACUGAUAGGGCUGAAUGGCAGUACUCCGAAAGAGAUAAAGAAAAUGUAGAAGGCUUUUUCACUAGAACGAAUCGUGGUAAUAGAAUUGCUUGUUUAUUUGUUCGAUGUAGUAGUACUGCCAGAUUUACUUUACUGUUUUCACAUGGAAACGCAGUAGACUUAGGACAGAUGAGUAGCUUUUAUUUAGGAUUGGGAUCCAGAAUUAAUUGUAACAUCUUUAGUUAUGACUACUCAGGUUACGGUGUAAGUGCUGGGAAACCUUCUGAAAAAAAUUUAUACGCAGAUAUUGAUGCUGCCUGGCUUGCUUUACGUACUCGGUACGGUAUUAGCCCUGAAAAUAUUAUUUUAUAUGGGCAGAGUAUUGGUACAGUGCCUACAGUUGAUUUAGCCUCAAGAUAUGAAGUAGGAGCAGUUAUUUUGCAUUCUCCUCUAAUGUCAGGCAUGCGAGUUGCAUUUCCUAACACCAAGAGAACAUGGUUUUUUGAUGCCUUUCCAAGUAUUGAUAAGGUGCCUAAGGUGACAUCCCCAGUUUUAGUAAUUCACGGUACUGAAGAUGAAGUAAUUGAUUUUUCUCACGGACUGAAUAUAUUUGAAAAAUGUCCCAGAGCUGUAGAACCUCUUUGGGUGGAAGGCGCUGGUCAUAAUGAUGUAGAACUUCACAACGUUUAUUUAGAAAGACUUAAAAAAUUUGUUAAUGUUGAAUUAGUUAACUGACAACUACUUAAUGGAGAAGAUUGCACUGUCAGUUCUGGAACAUCCAGUUCGGCCGGUGAAAAAUUGCUCUAGCACGGGGCCGCGGGUCUGGCAUCUAGUCGACCCGCGUUAUCUUCUCACUGCCCAUCACCUCAUCACGCUCUGCGUGCUCUGUCUGGUAUUCUAGCUCGUGCAGAACGUCAGUGCAGUAGUGCUCAAAGUUCACCUCGCCCACGGCAUUUACCGCCUGCUAAAGUACAGUCUCUGCCAAUGUGUAAUGGGACUGCUUUUGUUUGCUCCACUAGUUGUGGUUGUCCUAUUCUUGAGACGACUUGCUAGCAUUAGUGUAAAUAAUAGGGAUAUGGACCUACUUUUUCAAAUGAAAAAAGACAAUCCUAUAAAACUUCUCUUCCCUUUCCUGACCAUUUUGCUACAUUUUUAUUAUCUCCCAUGAGUUUUCUGAGUGAUGCGAUAUUCACGUUUUAAUCGUUAAAAAAAGACAUUCUAUGACCAUUUUCGAGUAUGUGUAUAUGAAAUAGUUAACCGUUUUCUAUUUUCGGGAAAAAAUUAAAAUAAAGAGUGUAUGGAAUGGACGAUUAAGUCGUUAUUACACCAAUCAAAGAUUGUAAUUUGUGGUUGAAUGAAUGAAUUAAAUAUAAUCUGGGUAUCAAGUUGUUGCUUAUGAUGGACUGCUUUUCCACAUUUUCCAUUUUGCUAAAGUGCACUGUAAAUAAAAUUAACUUUAAUAAUGUGGAUUGCAGCAUUUUACAUCAUUUGAGUAAAUUAUUGUUUUUAGUACAUAAUCUGAUGUGUAAUCUGAUGGAUAAUGAAAUAUAUUGCAUUUUUGUAAUUUUUACAUGUUUAAAUCUCGAUGUAUUGCAACAGUUUCUCAACGUAAAUAUUUCUAUUACCUAAAUUUUUUUCUACACAAAACGCCUAAUUAUUUUGUUAUUUGUCAUAUCCAUAACUGUAUUACUUACAUAUCAUUUAGAAAUGUUCAUGCGUUGAGUAAUAUGUUUGCAUUUUGUUUUUGAUAUUAUAAAUUGAAUACAAUUUUAAACUGUUUUUUUAUGCAUAUUCUGAGUCGAUUAUUGACAUGUAAGAUAUAACUGCGUUUAUUGUUUAACAUUUUAUUAAACAGUACAUGAUAAAAACGUGCUUGUUAUGUUUUAAAAUUGAGGAAUUAAAAUUAUAAGAAACAUUUACCGUCAAGACUUAUCGACGUAAAAAAUAAAUAGGAAACCAUUAGUAGGGAGUAUACUUUAAUUUUCUAAAGUUGUUCCUUAUACUUAUUUUUAAAAUUCACGAUUAAAACUGUUAAAUUAUUUCAUCUCUUUACUUAUUGGCAUUUAUAAAAAGU